UGUGCGGUGGCCCGGACGCCGGAGUGACGAGCCGUGUGGUGCAAUCGACGUCUGCGCCGCGCUCGGACUGACAGGCGCGGACGUCCAAUGAAAUAAGUCGACAUAUUGAGGCUGUCAAAUCAAAGCCAAAGAGGAGGCGCUGUCCCGUCGUCGUCUGAAUUACGUCAUGCACAAACAGCUGGUCGUUGGCAAAAAAAAAAAAUCUGAAAAAAUGUAGACCAGCACAGCGCCUGAGAACUGCAGCCGGGCUGGAGCCCUCCACUAAGUAUUUCGCUUGUAACGAUGUUGCAACGGGAGCGUCUGGGCUCAGGAUGGAGCCCCGCGAGCCUCCGCGUGCUUGUUUACACCUAUCUCUGCGCUCUUGGAGAUUGCCUUUUUGUGACUGAAUACUUCACCCGCACGCCUCGUAAGCUGAACGCCUUCAACUCGUUCGCCAGCGUGGAACUGUUCCACUUCAAUGUGCCUGACGACACCAUGAUGGCCGUAUGGAACCUCAUCACCUUCAAGGAGCAGGGGGGCACGUUUGGAGACAGCUGCCCCAACCGCAACGUGACUGUGUACUUCAGGUCCGGGGCACCGCCAGUAAUCAACCCCCUGCACACCCGCUUCCCGCGCGACACGGCGGUCCCCGGGUCCUUCGCCGUGACGCUGACCUGGACGCUCCCCAACCGCACCACGGGGGCGUUCAACGUGAGCAGCCCCCUCCCCGGAGACUGGUUCCUGGCCGCACAUUUACCCAAGGAUGAGGGCAAAAUCUCCGUCAAGGGACUGUCUGAGGAAUGCCAGUACCUGUUCCAACCGCAGCUCAUCGUCCAGAGGAUAAUUGGAAUAUCGGUGCUCUAUCCUGGAUACUUCAUCGACCAGAUGAUCCCUGUCCAUAAUAGAUCAGCGCUUUACAAAGUGUUCAUCCCCAAUUAUAUAUCAAAGGUGAAGGUUCAGCUGGUAAACUGCAGCACCAAGAACAGGAGCAGUGACAGUUGUCCCGUGGUUCUGAAGAUAAGAGCGCGGGCGCCACCGGUGCAUAACUCGAGUGCCCUCGACUGCAGGGAGUGGAACCCUUGUGAAUUAGAAAGCGUCGUACCUGCCUGGGAACAAUGGUACUACAUCCUGGUGGAGAGAUAUCUGAGCAACUCCGAUGUCUACUUUCGCAUCGGGGUGCAGGUCACAGAUUGCUCCAAGUCCAACCUGUCCAAGGACCAAGCGCAGCCCAGCUCCUCCAUGAACAUGCCCCAGUCCUUCGGCUCGGCCAUGGGCUUCUCCCUGUCGGACACGCUGGCGGCGGCGGCGCUGCCCGGCCUGUCGCACAACGCCAGCGGCGCGCGCGCCUCGGAGGACGGCGUCGUCUACCUGGCGCCCGCCGCCGACGCCAACAAGUGCUGGCCCAUCCGGCCGACGCUGCGCAACGAGCUGGACACCUUCUCCGUGCACUUCUACGUCUUCUUCGGCCCAAACAUAUCGAUCCCGCCGGACCGGGCGGCCGUGUUCGCCAUCAACCUCAUGCCGGUGUUGGACAGCGGAGGGGUCCUCAACAUGGAGCUGAAGCUCAACACGUCGGCGCUGAAGGGAGCUAACGUCACCGUGUUCGGAUGCCUGAACCAUGGGAUGCCUCUCUUCCUGCGGGAAAACUCCUCGCUGAAAUGUGAAUCGGAGUCGGGGGCCGGGUUCUUCCUGUCUGUGAACGCCUCCACCAACAUCACCAAGCUGAGGAUUCCUUACCCUCAGACAGGCACCUGGUACCUCAGCCUGCGCUCCCUGUGCGCCACCGAACACGGAUUUGAGACGUGCACCAACGUCACGGCCGAGGUCUACAUGCGCUCGUACCUGACUCCCUGCAUCAACGACUGCGGGACGUACGGCCAGUGCAAGCUCCUGAGAACCAACAACUACCUUUACGCCGCGUGCGAGUGCAAAGCAGGCUGGGAGGGCUGGGGCUGCACAGACAACUCGGAGGCCUACUCCUACAGCUUCCAGCUCCUCUCCACCCUCCUGCUCUGCCUCAGCAACCUGAUGUUCGUGCCGCCUGUGGCCAUCGCCAUCCGCAGCCACUACCUGCUGGAGGCCUCUGUCUACAUCUUCACCAUGUUCUUCUCCACUUUCUACCACGCAUGCGACCAGCCGGGCAUCGUCGUCUUCUGCAUCAUGGAGUACGACGUCCUGCAGUUCUGCGACUUCCUCGGCUCGCUCAUGUCCGUGUGGGUGACUGUCAUUGCCAUGGCCCGGCUCAAGUCCAUCAUCAAACAGGUGCUGUAUCUGCUGGGGGCGAUGUCCUUGUCCAUGGCCCUGCAGUUGGACCGUCAUGGUCUGUGGAACCUGCUGGGACCCAGUCUGUUUGCUCUGGGCAUCAUGGCUGUGGCAUGGACGGUUCGCACCAUCCGCCGGCGGCGCUGCUACCCGCCCACCUGGAAGCGCUGGGUCUUCUUCCUCUUCCCGGGCACCAUGAUCGCCGCGUCCGCCGUGGCCCUCUACGCCUUCGUGGAGACGGAGGAGAACUACUUCUACAUCCACAGCAUCUGGCACAUGCUGAUCGCCGGCAGCGUGGGCUUCCUGCUGCCGCCGCGCGCCAAACCCGACGCCAAGGUGACGCCGCUGAAGCGCCGGCGCGGCUGCGGCUACCAGCUGUGCGUGAACGAGCACGAGGAGCUGGGCCUGGUGGACCCGGCCAUCAUCUCCAUUAAUAGCAUCUGCACCAGCUGAUGAACUCCCCACGCUCAGCCUUUUACCUUAGAGACACUCCAUUGCCUUCUUUUACUUGGGUAGUUCACACACGGGAAAUUAAGCCACAGAACUUGAAAAAGCAAUGUAAAUACUUUAAUGCAGCUGUGACACAUUGGCUCUUUUUCGUUGUUGUUGUCAUGGUAACUACUAUCAAUACAACUGUAAUUAUUAUUCUCUAUAGUUAAAGUUGUUCUGAUGAAUUGUGGGUGUACAGUGACACACUGUUGUUUGUGAAUAUGUAUUUAAAGUCAAAGCUGAAACACUGCUGCUAUCUGACGGUGACUGUAAAACUGCUUCUGUUGGUUAUUUAUUUGUGGUCUUGUAAAAAGGCCAGUUACUUUAUUCCAGGGGCACAAACCAGGGGAGACGGUAGAGGGGGGUUGGGGGGGGUGUUUGUCAGGGGCACGGCUUUUCUGAAAUUCCUUUGGAAUAUAUCUUUUGCACUGAGACACAAAAAAAUGUUAUUCUGUACAUUUUUAUAACGAUAGAAACUACAACGGGCAUCACCAAUGUAAAACCUAGCUGUCAUGUGGAAUGUUAGACUGUCUUUUGCAAUUGCAAUGUAUUGCUUUUACACGAAUGUGCUGACUGUUCGUGACGGGAACAACUCCAAAGGCCAGCUGCCUGUUGAAAGCGCAGAAGGGGAGGCAGGACUACUUCACAGACCUCAAACCAAGACAUCACCUCCCUGUUCUUUUCUGACAGGACCUGUGUGACACCACAUUCAUAAACAAUAAAUGUUUUCUUUCUUUGC